AUGGAUCUAGAGGAUCAGCUGAGGAAGCUGAAGCUGCGUGAUGACACUGAUCAUGACAACACCCGCAUUUUGGAGAAGUUUGCUAAUCAAAUUAAAACAGACGAAUUAUCGUUAACCAAAGGCAAAACCAAUAAAGACAAAGCCAACCGUGCAACAGUGGAAAAUGUUUUGGACCCACGUACCAUGCGGUUCCUCCGCGCGCUGGUCAACAGAGGGGUCCUGAGCGAGUUCAACGGCUGCCUGAGCACCGGUAAAGAGGCCAACGUGUAUCACGCAUUAUCUGGGGCCACUGAGGGGGCUCCAGAGAAGAGCGAGUAUGCAGUGAAGAUAUAUAAGACAUCGAUAUUGGUGUUCAAGGAUCGGGAGAGAUAUGUGGAUGGCGAGUUUCGGUUUCGGAACGCUCGCUCACACCACAACCCUCGCAAGAUGAUCAAAAUUUGGGCCGAAAAGGAAUUCCGCAACCUGAAGCGCAUCUACCAGUCCGGUGUGAUCCCUUGUCCGCAGCCCGUUGAGAUCAAGUCCAAUGUCCUCGUGAUGGAGUUCCUUAAUCGCGGUGACGGGUUUGCAUCUCCCCGGUUGAAAGACUAUCCCUUCAAAGAUCGCGACGAGAUAUACCACUAUUAUCAUGUGAUGGUGAGUUACAUAAGGCUGUUGUAUCAGGUAUGUCAGUUGGUCCACGCGGAUUUGAGUGAAUACAAUAGCAUUGUGCACCAAUCGAAGCUGUACAUUAUCGAUGUGUCGCAGUCUGUACAGCCGGAGCACCCUAUGUCCCUCGACUUCCUACGAAUGGACAUUAAGAACAUCAAUAUGUACUUUGAACGGAUGGGCAUCGACAUAUUUCCUGAGCGCGUGAUCUUCCAGUUUGUGAUAAGUGAGACGCUGGAUAAGUUCAGAGGCGACAUGCGCUCUGCGGAAGAUCUGCGGAGCUACGUGGCCGCCAACUUGCCGCGCAAACAGACAGCCCAGGAUGAAGCCGAAGACCAGGUUUUCCGCUCGCUCCACUUGGUGCGGAAUCUCGGGGGCUUGGAAGAGCGCGACUUUGAUAGGUUUACAGAUGGCAAGUUCGAUUUACUGAAAUCGCUGAUUGCCCAAGACAACGCAAAGAUCUCGAACACUUUCACGGCAUCCGAACAGUACGAUUUGUCCGAUUCUGAUGAUGCAGAAGACGAGGACGAGGACGCGGAUGAAGGCCAGGACGAAGAUGGCUCCGAGUCUGGGACUGACAGCGACAGUAGUUCUGAUGAUGAAUCUGGCGACGAUAAAGAUGACUACGAACUUCGCCCGAAAGUGCUAGUUGGUAAGAAAUAUGAAGACAAGGACGCCAAAAAGUUGCGGAAAUCUGAAGCCAAGGAAAACAAGCGGGAAAGAAGGAAGACUAAAGUCAAAAAGCACAUCAAAAAAAAGCUUCUCAAGAAAACUAAGUCAAGUAAGUAA